CGUGGCAACGCUGCCCUGGUGCUGUGACACAGUGGGCACUGGGGAUGCUGCAGUGUCUGGGUGUGCUGCCACCCACCCCGACAGCACAGCACUGAAUAGCAGCCCCCCCCCCGGACACCCCCCAAGCCUCUGCAGGGGCUACUGGAAGGCUGGUGUUUACAAGCCACUCUGAAAAGACUUUGGGAUAUCUCCUUUCCACGCACAUUGAUCUUCCGUCAGGACUCAAGGAUGGAGUCUGUCGGCUUUCCCUCAACAGCAAAAUUCGCCCACCCAAGGUCCUUCCCUACCAGGUUUCUCCCUGCCGUCCACGCCAUGGCUUCAAGCUACAGGAACCGAUUUCCUUACCGCCCCUUGCCCCAGAGCUACAGCCUCCCCUGGAUGCCCAGCACCUACUACAAAACAGCUGCCCUCAAAACAACCUUGGCUCCCUUUUCCAAGAGUUCCCAGGAGGGAACCGCCAGGGAGAAGCUUCCUACUAUUUACAACAGAACAACCGUCUUUACCCAGUACACCCCUGAAGACUGGUACAAGUCCAACCAGACCAACUACAAAGAGGCAGAGACCUCCCAGAAGAACUCGGAGCGUCUGACGGUUGACACCUCCCUCCUGAUUGAUGAUAAAUACCAGCAGACGAGGAAAACCCAAGGAGAAAGCACCAAAAACUUGGGAGUGCGUGCCAAUGACAUUGCGUUUUGGAAAUCGGAGCUCACCCACGAGCUAGAUGAGAUGAUUGGGGAGACCAAUGCACUCACAGACGUGAAGAGCAGGCUGGAGAGAGCCUUGGUUGAGUCGGAGGCCCCUCUCCAGGUCGCUCAGGAGUGCUUACUUCACCGGGAGAAGAGGAGGGGCAUCGACCUGGUCCAUGACGAAGUGGAGAAACAGCUCUUCGCAGAAGUCGAUGUCAUCAGGUCAUGCCAGGAGAAGAUGCAGCAGUUCCUGGAGAAGGCAAGAGGCCAGCUCGAGUCCAACUGGGCGGCCCAGCACAAGCUGGAGAAGGAUCUGGCCAACAAGCAGGUGGCCCACCGGAUCGAUGACAAGUGCCACCACCUGAGGAACACCUCCCAGGGCAUCGGUUACUACCGAGGGGUGGAGCAGAUCGAUGCCACGGUCUCGGUGCCAGAGUCAUGGACCAAGUUCACCAAUGACAACGUCCUCCUCUCCCAGAGCGAACGGGCGGCCUCCGCCAAGCUGCGGGACGACAUCGAGAACCUGCUGGUGUCGACGGCCAACGAGAUGUGGCGGCAGUUCAACACGGUGAACGUCGCCUUCGCCAUGCGCAUCGCCGAAACAACCGAUGCCAAGAGAAAGAUUCAGGCCCACCUGGCCAAGACACUGCAGGAAAUAUUCCAGACCGAGAAGAACAUAGAAGACAUCAAGAAGGCCAUUAGGGACCAAGGGCCUCCGUUAAAAGUGGCUCAGACCCGGCUGGACGAGCGCACUCGGAGACCAAACAUGGAGCUGUGCCGGGACACUGCCCAGCUCCGCCUUGUCAAUGAGGUCCACGAUAUCAACGAGACGGUGCAGACCCUUCAGCAGCAGCUGCGAGACAGCGAGGUCAGCCUGCAAAUGCUGGUUCACACCAAGUCGGUCCUGGAGCACGACCUGGCCAUCAAAGCCAACUCCCUGUUCAUCGACGAGGAGAAGUGCAUGGGGAUGCGCAAGACCUUUCCCAGAAUUACGCGGCUGCUGGAUCCCGUUUAGGCUGGGCUCAGCCCACCCCGUGUUAUCUGUUCUGGGAGGGAAUCCCAGUUUUGCUUUAAAACAUACACCAUUAGACUUCCACUUCCUAAUGGAAGCCUGAGUAGAAAUUUAAUUUGUCACUUUGCGUGUCAUAUGGUCUACCAGGAUUGGUUUUUUCCUUUGUUUUUUCUCUUUCCACUGCUCUUUCAUGGUGCACCAGAAAGUGACCGAAGAUACCCUGUAUGCGACUAAGAGUAAAUCUACUCACAGGGAUUCAUUUCUACCCUUUCGAUCUGUGAUUUUAGGAGAAAAAACUGUUGUGUCUUCCUCCUUUUGAGCCUGUCUGAUGUGGGAAAAGCACAGGGUGAAGCCACGCUGGCUGUCUCAAGUCACCUCCCUGUCCUUCAUGGGCCUUAGCAUGGCUUUUAGGAGGAUGUGUCCCAUCAUCUUCCCAGGCACAGAGGGAUGGCUCAUGGUUGGUACCCUCCUCUCCACCCUUUUUAAAAAUGGGUGCAAUGUUUCCCCUUUCUCCCUUUGAGAAAGGCGAACCCCAUCUGAUGCCACAAGCCUGGUGCUAUGUA